ACAAAACUUGUAGAAACUCUAAAGAAGUGUGGAUUUAAAUAUCAAGAAUUUCUCUUGUCUCCAACAUGUCUUGGCAUUCCCAAUUCCAGGCUGCGAUAUUUUCUGAUUGCAAAGCUUCAGUCAGAGUUAUUUUCCUUUCAAACUCCUGGUCAGAUAUUGGAAAAUUUCCAGACCAGGAGCCAAAAGCUUCAGUGAAGCACAGAGUCGCUGCAGGCUUGGAAAAAGAGAGCUGCUUCAUGGCACCCAAAGAGGAGCACAUUGAUCCAAACUCUGGUUCUGAUGGUGGCAGUGGACAGUGUUCACAGAAGGAAGCGUUUGUUUUUAAACUCGAAACAGCGAAAGAAAUGGAAAAAAAGUGGAACCAGGACAGUAAUCUCUCUAUUCAAAUGCUAAAAGACUUCCUUGAAGAGGAUGGAGAAGAAAUGAGUCAGUACUUCUUGCCACCAAAGGCCUUACUGCGCUAUGCUUUUCUCUUAGACAUUGUGACACCCAGCUGCAGGAGAUCCACAUGCUUCACAAAAGGGUAUAGUCACUAUGUAGAAGGAACAGGGUCAGUGCUGCAGACAGCAGAGGAUGUGCAGCUACAAUCAGUGUUUAAAUCCAUUGAGAUGCUAUCAGAAGAAGAGAAGCUUAUGAAAUUGUCAACACUAAAACUGCGAUAUUUUACUCCUAGAGAAGUAGCAAAUCUCCAUGGAUUCCCUCCAGAAUUGGCUUGA